AUGUCGUUCAAGAAUAUAGCUGUCGGUAUCAGUGGACUUGGAAUUGGUGCUGGGGUCGCAACCUAUUUUUUUGGCAGGUCGUCUCAAACUCCAUCGAAUGUACAAAAUGGACCUUCUCCGGUUAUUGGUGGACCUGGUCGUCCCAGCGGUAAAUUGGAAUUGAUUGGAGGGAAUGUGAACCCUGCCGGGUUUUUCCAGUACGGUUUCCCUGGUCCAAUUCAUGAUCUAGAGAGUAGGCAAGAAUUCAUUUCAUGUUAUAACAGGCAAACAAGGAACCCAUACUGGGUUGUUGAACAUAUAACUGCAGAAUCGCUUGCUGCAAGAAAUGCUGAUAGGAAGUUUUCCUUCUUCAGAGAGGACGAGCAAAUCCCAGAGAUGUUCCGUGGUAAACUAAAAGAUUAUUUCAGAUCUGGCUACGAUAGAGGUCAUCAAGCUCCAGCAGCUAACGCUAAAUUUAGCCAGACAGCCAUGGAUGAAACUUUCUUUUUAAGUAACAUGAGUCCUCAGGUAGGUGAUGGUUUUAAUCGAGAUUACUGGGCCCACCUUGAAUUUUUUUGCAGGCAGUUGACUAAAAAAUACCAAAAUGUUAGAAUCGUUACCGGUCCUCUUUAUUUGCCUAAACGUGAUCCUACAGAUGGCAAAAUUAAGGUUACAUACGAAGUCAUUGGAAAUCCUCCAAACAUUGCUGUUCCUACUCAUUUCUUCAAACUUAUUGUCGGGGACAAGCCAACUAAUAAUCCUAACACAGAUAGCAUUUCAGUUGCCGCUUUUGUUUUACCUAAUGAACCGAUCCCAAACGAAACAAAGCUUACAGAUUUUGAGGUUCCAAUUGAUGCUCUAGAAAGAAGUACCGGUCUUCAAUUUUUUCAGAAAGUACCAGAGAAUAAGAAGAAAGAGCUUUGUAAAGAAGUCAAAUGUCAAAUUACUGUUAGAGAAUUUCAGAAGGCGCUACCACCUCCUAAGGUUCCUCUAGGGCUUCCUAGUCCCAAGAGUUGA